CCCUCUGGUUUCUUCUCCCAAUCCCCGUCCCCAGGAUCCACCGCGGUCAUGGAUCAAGAACCCGACGCCAGCGGCGGAGGCGAGGCUCCUACGGCGACGCAACCAAGUCCGGCAAUCUCGGACCCUCUCCUCUCCCCCGCCGCCGCCGCCGCCGCCGCCGCCGCCUCCCCUUCCCCAUCGGACGACCUCUGCUACGAGGCGGACUCCCUCCACGACCUCGCCGCCCGCGGCCAGUGGCGCUCCGUUCUCGACAAGGUCGCCCGCGCCCGCUCCCUCUCGCUCCUCUCUCGCCCCCACGACCACCUCGUCUACCUUACCUUCUCCGCCCUCGCCCUCCUCAAGCUCCGCCGCCCCGCGGACGCCCUCGCCGAACUCGACUCCCUCCAACCCCUUACCACCUCCCCUGACCCCUUCGCUUCCCCCCGCUUCCUCUUCGAGUCCUACCCUCACCUCUACCCCGGCCGCCAGGGCUCCAUGCUCCCAUUCUCCUUCCGCCUCCUCCAUGCCACCAUCCCCCAGGCCCUCGGCGACCGCCCUGAAACCCUAGAUCGCCUCUAUUCCCUCCUAGACUUCGUCCGCUCCAAGAUCCGCGGCCACCACGGAUCGUCGGAGGAGAAAGACUCCUCCGCCGCCGCCGAUCGGUGGCGGAGGAGGGAGGUUCUGGUGAUGAGCUCCCUCAUCUGCAAUCACUUCUGCCACCGCGAGUUUGACGUCGCCCUCGCGCUGAUCCGCGAUUUGCUUCUCCGAUCGCCCUCCGAUCCGGUGCUCCUCUCGAGACUGGCCUACAUCCAGCUCCAAAUUGGGGAUCUCGAUGGAGCCAAGGCUACGUUUGCGAAGGUGGAGGGUUUGAGGACUCAGGAAAUGGGGCUGGAGUUUGAGAAUUUGGUGGGGAGGAACCGGGCGCUGGAGUUCUUGGUGGCGAAGGACUUCGCGUCGGCGGCGAGGGAGUACGAUGAGUGUAUCGAGAGAGAUCCGGGGGAUGUGGUGGCGGUGAACAACAAGGCGAUGUGUCUCAUGUAUUCCAGGGAUCUUUCGGAUGCGAUCAAGCUGCUGGAGGGGGCGCUGGAGAGGGUGCCCACGGCUGCUGUGAAUGAGACCGUGGUUGUGAAUCUCUGUAGCAUGUAUGAGCUUGCUUAUGUCAACCAUGGGGAGAUCAAAAAGAGUCUCAGCAAUUGGAUAGCUCGAGUGGCACCUGAUGAUUUCGAUCCAUCUUGCACUCGAGUCUGAUUAAAAGAUCGAGUAGGAUUGGAUGGUGAACUAAUAAUCAGCAGCCACGACUUUUCAUCGAGUUUGAACCAAGGGACUGGGUGUUUUCAAAAGAAAAUUAUCUGAUAUGCUGGUGGGAAUUAUCACUGCCUCAGCCAACCACUAGAGAAAAUGAGUGAAUGUCGAGGGAAUCCAGAUCGAUGAGCAAAAGCAGCUCAGAAUGGAGCAAUUAAGCAAAAUAUGCAACCUAAACAAGCUUGACACUGUCAAAAUCAGCUCGUUCGCUAUGAACUCGUAGGACCAUCAUCACCUUUAUCUCUGAUCUCUAAAGGAGAACUAGAACACACUCACUCUUGAGCUCAUAGAAGAUGACCUUCCCAAGCUCCAACGUCCCAGCACUGGGGAUUGUGCCUUCUAGUAUAGCAUGGAUCCCAGCGUAUAGAGCAAACAAUUUGUUAAUCCGUCGACAAUGAAAGAGUUGAUAGCCUCGGCAACGGCGGCAGGGAUGUGGAAAUCUGGCAGCCAGACGGAUGAUGGGGUCCAUGGUCUUGGAUGGAUGGCUUCGCGGAGUUCACAACCUCAUGCUCACCGAGGCAUCCCACCGGUGCUGUCGUCGUCAGCUUACUCGCCUUUAGAGGUUUUGAUUAUGGAAAGGGGAGGGAUGGCUUUUGGCUGAUAGCGGUUGGGGGGGCGGGAGAUUCGGAUCAAGCGGGGUCGGCGGAGGGUGUUUGAUAGUGUCCAGUGGAACCUACCUCUCCAGCUCCCAUCGAUCAUAUGAUUCCUCGCACCUGAAAUCCUCCAAAACGAUGCCGGUCUUCUUUCUGGAUCGGGCCGGGAGUAGUGGGAACUCGUCAUAGUAUCUACCUGUCCAUCUUUCCCUCCAGAGUACUUUUCCUAAUUAAUAUAUAAAAAAAUUAUUUAUAUAAAUAAUUUAAUUUUUAACUUAUUUAGAUGUAAAAAUGAUAAAAUAUUAUUUUGAAUGACAUUUUAUCAUCAUCACGUCACCCUCCAUUUUCUACAUAAACGACGU